UGCAAGGCUACAAUAUCUUCACGUCUCAUUCCAGAAGAUAUGAAUAGGUCAUGGUGGGUUAACAGCCGUUCGAUUAAGAUCGUAAGGCCAUCAUAAGGCCACGAAGCAGGACGUUUUCUUGACAAGCAAGUGGGCGUCGACUACUACUAUUCUUCUCCCUCACCCCUCUCCCGCUCAUUUUAAACCCCCAGUCGUCGCCAAUGUCGGGAACCCUAAUCCGCUUCCCGAUUCUACGAUUACGUCUUGCAUCUCCAUCACGAUUCGAUUCUCCUCGCAAAGACCUACCGAUUGAUCCUGAUUUCUGCUCUUUCAGUGGAGAAAAACCGGGGGAUUGCCGUAGGAAUGUUGGAGAAGCACUCCUCUGCCGGCGGGAAGGUGCAAGCUUGUCAGUGCCGACGACGGGUGGUGACCUUCUUCUCAUCGCCCAAGGCGUUAUUUUUGGUGUUGUGGACCUUGGUGUUUGCGUCGGUGUUCUGGUGGCGGACGAGCUAUGUGGAUGAGGUCGGGUUCUCGUUGCAGCUGCCGCGGGUCAGGACCGGGCCCAUGUUUCGGCCGGUGGCGUUCAAUCUGACCGAUUUCGGCGCGGUUGGGGAUGGGGAGACCCUGAACACCGACGCGUUCGAGAGCGCGGUUGCGGAGAUCGCGAAGCUUGGGGAGAGGGGAGGCGGGCAGCUCGAUGUGCCGGCCGGGUUGUGGCUCACGGCGCCGUUCAAUCUCACGAGCCACAUGACUCUUUUCCUUGCGGAGGGCGCUGUUAUUCUUGGCGUGGAGGAUGAGAGAUACUGGCCACUAUUGCCUCCACUGCCAUCAUAUGGGUAUGGAAGGGAGCAUAAAGGGCCUAGAUAUGGGAGUCUGAUUCAUGGCCAAAAUCUGAAGGAUGUGGUUAUAACAGGACAUAAUGGUACAAUAAAUGGACAAGGACAAACAUGGUGGACAAAGUAUCAGAAGAAACUUCUCAACCACACCAGAGGACCUCUUUUGCAGCUCAUGUGGUCCAGGGAUGUAGUCAUUUCUAACAUAACCCUGAGAGACUCUCCUUUCUGGACGUUGCAUCCAUAUGACUGCAAGAAUGUCACCAUCUCAAACCUUACCAUCCUGGCUCCUGUUUCUGGGGCUCCAAACACAGAUGGAAUAGAUCCAGAUUCUUGUGAGGAUGUGGUGAUAGAAAAUUGCUACAUUUGCACAGGUGAUGAUGGAAUAGCCAUUAAGAGUGGCUGGGAUCAGUACGGCAUUGCAUACAAGCGCCCAUCGAUUAACAUUUUAAUCCGUAAUGUCACCGUUCGCUCGGUGGUUAGUGCAGGAGUAUCAAUAGGCAGUGAAAUGUCUGGUGGAGUUUCAAAUGUAACAGUGGAAAACCUUCAUGUGUGGGAAUCAAAGAGAGGUCUAAGAAUAAAGACGGCUGCUGGCCGAGGAGGCUACGUCCGCAACAUUUUCUAUCGGAAUGUAACCCUAAACCACGUUAGUAUCGGCAUCGUAAUAAAGAUAGACUACAAUGAGCAUGCCGAUGAAUUCUUCGAUCCAAAGGCUAUUCCUACUCUGGAAAGCAUACACUUCAACGGGAUCCAUGGACAGAAUGUCGACAUCCCGGUUCGACUCAACGGCAGCAAGGAGAUCCCAGUGAGGGAUGUUAGCUUUCGCGACAUGUCGAUCGGCUUGAACUACAAGAAGAAGAAGAAGAACAUCUUCCGAUGCUCAUUCGUCCAAGGUCGCAUCAUCGGUACCAUUUUUCCAGCGCCAUGUGCGAACCUCGACAUUUAUGAUGGAUGGGGAAGGCUGGUGAAACGAUCGGUGUUACCAAAGAAAAGAAACAUUGGCUACUCAUUUCUUUGAGGCAUUUCUUCUCUUUCCUUUGUUGUAGGUGAGGCAUAGAGAGAUUGAAUUGUUUUGCUGCAGGAUAUCAACCAAAUGUAUGGGUUUGUUAUUCUCUGCCUUGUACAUGUAGACUUGCAGUUGUUUAUAAUGUUGGUAAAUAAAUUAUACAUGAAUACA